GGCGUCAUGUCACUAUGGCAACCGAACGCUGAGGCUUCAGUGGGAAAAGUACAUUUAGCGUUCAGCUGAGACAAAAUAAAUCCAGUUAAAUUAUGGAAUAAUAAAAACAAGAUUAAAAAGACAAGCCAAUGAUGGAGAGACUUGAAGACUUCGAGGGUUUUUUGUCGAAUGUUGACAAAAUAAGUCAGCUAGUGGAGCAGUUAAGGUCCUCUGAUGUGGAAGUCCAGAAAAAAGCAAUCGCAGACACUGAUCACUGCAUUGCUGCCUUGAGUGAACCCUGGAGAACAAAAGUCAACAAGACUACAAUCAACACGAACCCUCAUCUCCAACCUUCCUUGAGUACACAGAAUGACAGUCCAGAGAAUUUCAUGAAGAUCAUGGAGAGAGAUGCUGAAGACAGGAGAGUAAGAAGAGCUGCAAAAGUGAAAAGGGCUACUGCUCUCAAAGACAAGGGCAAUGAAGCGUAUGCUAAAGAAGACUAUGAAACUGCUGUGAAGUAUUAUAGUGACGGCUUAACUGAACUCAGGGACAUGCAGCCACUGUACACCAAUCGAGCACAAGCCUACAUCAAACUGGGAAAGUACAAGGAGGCCAUCAGUGACUGUGAAUGGGCCCUAAAGUGUAAUGAGAGGUCCAUGAAGGCUUAUCUACACAUGGGCAAAGCAUAUCUGGGAUUGAAGAAAUAUAAUGAGGCAAGAAACUGCUUUGAAAAGAUACAGGAAAAUAAACCUGGGAAAGAAGAUCUGGUGAAAGAAUACUUGUCCCAGGUGGAUUUGGAAGAAGAGCGAGACAGUCAGGAGAUGAAUGCGAUGCAAGAGUUUGACAAGGGAGAGAGGAAGGCCACAACAGUGCCCCAGCUGCUGGAGAAGCUGUCAAGGACCGGUCAGAUGCCCCUCUACUACUGUGGAGGACUGGAGCUUCUGUCACAAGCAAUUACUGACUGUACAGGGCAGACCCUUUUCAGACUGAACAAUGGCUUUAGUAUCAUCAGCAGCAAUGACACAGUGAGGAGUUGCCUGCUGCAAGAAACAAAUGAUCCGGACAGUGAUGAGUUGUGUGUGUCUGUUCUGACACUAUGGAAGCUUAUUUGCCGUGGAAACAAUGAAAACCAGAAGCUGUUGAUGGCAUGUCCAGUCUCCAGACAAGCUAUUGUUCAGCUCUUAACAUCAGAGCAUGUUGCAGUAGGGAACGAAUGCCUGACAUUACUAUAUUUGUACUCACAGAUGCCACAUGGCAGAUGUUUGGCCAUUGACAACUUGAAUGUGCACAUGUUAGUGAGGAACCUCAUGGCGUGCAUCUCAGUACCAAAACAGCAGCAGGACAACACAGCGGUCAACAUUCUGGAGAACUUUGCAGCAGAAAACAGAUUUCACAUUCAUGUACGAACUGUGCUGGAUGACUCUGUUGUUGUGCCAUUUACAACAAUGCUGAGAAAUAUCAGCAAGUCCAAUCAACUUGUCCUUCCAUCACUGAUGUCAGUUCUUGGCUCUCUGGCUCGAGAUGGCAUCAUUCAUCACAGACUUGCUCAUGAUCCAGAAUGUUGGAAGGCCUUUCUGCUUGCCAUUAAGCGUUGCAGUGCAUCUGAAUACAAAGAUAUCCUUUACCCUUUACUUGGCUUGAUCAUCAACCUUUCAGCUAUCACUUCUCCUGUCAUCCAGGAGCUUGCUGUUUCACUCUGUGAUUGCUGUCUGAGCCUGCUGAAGGAUAGUGACGGAGGAAUCAUAACUAGAGCCGCAGGUGUGCUGAGUGCUGUCCUCCCUCAGUCCUCUGAAGCUGUUGAGCAUGUUAUUCAGGGGGAAGUGGUCCGGACCCUGUGCUGGCUGCUGAAGGGAACAGGGCAGACUGCCACUAAGUAUGCCAUUAAGAUUCUGAUAGUGUGUACUGCUGCCAGUUACUUGGCACGGGAGGAGCUGUUGAAGUCUGAUAAAAAACUGUCCAUUUUACGCCAUUUGUUGAGUUCCAGCUGUGAUGAGAUGGUGUCAGGAAAUGCAGCCCUGUGCUUGGCCCACUGCCUUGAGUUGGAGGGGGUUGCCAGCCGCCUGCUGGGCACUGAUAUUGUGCUGCUGCUGCUUCGUCACACUGCAGGGGACUCAAAAAGGACAGCUGUGCAGCGAAAUGCAGCGAUUGCUCUCGGGAAGCUGUGCCGAUCAGAGCCCAGACAUAUGAGCAAACUUCGAGAACUACAUGGCCUUGAGAUCCUGCAUUCCUGUGUGAAACUCAUCUCAUGAACCAGUGGUAAUGGGUGCUCGACAUCAGUCUUGUUUUCAUGUGUUCUGUUUUCUUACUAACCUAUUGGUUAAAAGCAAAAUUCACAAGAAAUAUUUGUGUCUUUUUAAAAACCCUGUCCGAUGAAAGUAUAUCUUUUCUACCUUGUUAACAUGUCCAUAUGGUGUUUUUUUUAUAUGCUGAAAAACGCAUCAUAAGCAAUAUAAGCAGCUGAAACCAUGGCUGCAAAUUUGUACUCUAAAACUACUGCAUAGCAAUGACAGUCUCAAAUACACAGAUUCAGAUGUCUGGUGUCUCAUAUAUAAGAAACCUAAAGAACCGAUCCUGUGAACUUGCAGGGUGGGACUUCCCGUAUAAUUCUUCUUCUUCAGAAUUGGUUUCCAUUUUGAAUGUGUUUGGUUGAAUUACUUUGAUAUUCGAACUUGCCGUUGUGUAGCCUACAGUAGUUUUACAGUGUUUAAGCCGAGUCGUAGGUGAGUUGAUGUGCUCCAAUUACAGUGAAUGGAGAAAGGGUCAGUGAGGAGAGAAGUGUUUAUUUAAGCUGCAUGUUCAAGAGAAAGCCACAGUGUAGAGUGAAGAAGGAUUGUUUUCAUGAAAAAAAUGUAACACUAAGAAUGGUUUAUGGGGAUUUAAUCAAUGGCUAGACAGGGAAUUUAAACUCUCAUGAUUCAUUUUAAAUCCAGUGUGGAUUUUGUGGUUGUUAAAGCUCAGUAUCACUCGAGAAGAAUUAAAGAUUUAUUACAUUUGAAUAAGACACUGCUCCUAAUUGCUUAAUCUACGUACAGAAGGUCAUAAACAUGAGCAGUGUUUCGCUGGUGCUUAUUUUUCAUGCCCAUGUGAAUUUAUACAGGUAAUUACUACGGAUUCAUGCAAAUAGAGGUUAAAGUGCAUUCAGUUUUAUCAUCAUCAUUUGUCUGUAAUUGGAUUGAAAUAUUAUUAUUUUGAAUUCAAAUAUCUGUCCUGAUUUUUUUUCUCAGAAAAUAAGUACAUAUAUACCAGAGUACGCUGUUUAAACAACAGCCUUGUUUGAAAAGUUGUUUAUACAGUGAUAACCCAUAAAUUCUACUUCUGAGGUAUUGAUUUUGAUCAGGCAGCAGUAAUAUCCUGAUGGCAUUUGAAGUGAGAAAUGGAUUAGAAAAGUGGAUAUGAAGAAAAAUGGACGUAGUUUAUUACUCUGCUGAUCUAAGGAUGGAAAAUAAAAAAAGCAAUGUUGACAUGUAAGAAAAUGAGCAAUUAAAAAAAAGUCACGGAUUUCUUAAAAACGUGUUUGAUUUGUGCCAUUUUUCAUACAGGUGAUGAUUUUUAUAUCCAGAUAAAUAUUUCUAUCGUAUUUGGUCUUCAUAUCUUUGGACCUGUUGGCCACAAAGCUGUGACAGUCUGUAAAAAAAAAGGGUUAUUGAGAAAUGUAAUCCGUGUAUAAAAGAACUUCAGAGGACAAAAGCUCCCUUGAAGGGAUGACACCAUCUGUGUGUCUCUGCAAACAGCUGAUACCUUCUGCUCAGUUGGAUUAAACAGUAAUAAGAACACUUACUCACUGGGCUUUGAAUAGUUGUAAACAAGACUGAGCAGAAAUGAGGAGGCUUGACCGUUUCAUGUUGGGAUUUUUUCUGCUUACAGGUAUGUGCUAGUUUUUAUGUUCGGUUUUUAGAUACAGUGCAAUAGUUGCUUCCAUUGUGUUCCUGUUUAUUUCAAUCACUGCUGGAAAAUGCGUUAUAAAUAGAUACUGCGGAUGCAUUGAUGAGCUGACUGAUAGAAUAAACAUGUUAUAUUUGAUUGUAUAUUUCAGUUUGAACACAUUUGCAUUUCCCAGUUGUGAGAUCUACAGCUGAUGAAUAUUGCAAAAGUUAUUUUUUCUUGACAUUGACACAUUUUCCUUCUCUCCUGAUUUUCUUCUUGUUCUUAAAAAUCAACACGCAGUUAAAACUUACGCUAGCAAAUAGCAGGUGGAGAGAGUAAAGUUUUCGUAUUCCUAUGAUUUAUAGUAGUUGUGUCGAUUAGCAAAAAUAGAUAAAUAAACCUAAAAUUCUGAA